UUAGUGUAACAAAAGAAGCUGUAAUAAAAGAGCCAUAGCCAUGAAUGAUGUUAAGCGUGAUAUAGAAUUCUUAUUAUCAGAUUUAAAUCAUAUUUAGUAACCAAGAAGAAAACUUAUAAUCAUAAAGUGCUGAUAAAUCAUAUUUUAAUAUCUUAUUUUUAUUAUCUUAGAAUGUUUCAAGGACAUGAAAACAAAUUCUUUUCUUUCCACAGGGCGUGAUAAUGCAUGUGAGAAAACAUCAUACAUGUUCCUGAGAAAAGAGCUUCCUGUGCGACUUGCUAAUACAAUGAGAGAAGUAAAUUUGUUGCCUGAGAACUUGUUGAAUAGGCCUUCUGUUAAGCUAGUACAAAGUUGGUAUAUGCAGAGCUUUCUUGAGCUUUUACAGUAUGAAAAUAAAAGUCCUGAAGAUCCACAUGUGUUAGAUAACUUUUUAGAUAUCUUAAUUAAAGUCAGGAAUCGACACAAUGAUGUUGUUCCUACAAUGGCCCAAGGAGUUAUUGAAUACAAAGAAAAGUAUGGAUUUGAUCCUUUUGUGAGCAGUAAUAUUCAAUAUUUUUUAGAUAGAUUCUAUACCAAUCGCAUCUCAUUUCGUAUGCUUAUUAAUCAGCACACACUGCUUUUUGGUGGAGUCACCAAUCCUGCUCAUCCAAAACAUAUUGGGAGCAUUGAUCCUACUUGUAAUGUGGCUGAUGUAGUGGAAGAUGCCUUUGCAACUGCCAAGAUGUUGUGCGAGCAAUAUUAUCAAGUAGCACCUGAUUUGGAAAUUGAAGAAUUCAAUGCUAAAGCACCCGGCAGGCCCAUUCAGGUUGUCUAUGUACCCUCGCAUUUGUUUCAUAUGCUUUUCGAAUUGUUUAAGAAUUCAAUGCGAGCUACAGUGGAGCUAUAUGAAGGUAAAUGCAAAAGCUAUCCAUCAAUUAAAACAUUAGUCACUUUGGGAAAAGAAGACCUAUCAAUAAAGAUAAGUGAUAAAGGUGGUGGUGUACCUCUGAGAAAAAUAGAUCGCCUUUUUAAUUACAUGUAUUCAACUGCUCCCAGGCCUAGUUUGGAGCCAUCAAGAGCUGUGCCUUUGGCUGGAUAUGGGUAUGGUCUGCCAAUAUCUCGUCUUUAUGCUCGAUAUUUUCAAGGUGACCUCAAAUUAUAUUCUAUGGAAGGAGUUGGUACAGAUGCAGUAAUCUAUUUGAAGGCAUUAUCAAGUGAAUCUUUUGAAAGACUACCAGUUUUUAAUAAGUCAGCUUGGCGACAUUACAAAACCACUCCAGAAGCAGAUGAUUGGAGUAACCCUAGCAGUGAACCAAGAGAUGCUUCCAAGUAUAAAGCUAACAGAUAAUUUACCAACAUUUUCACUUUGAUACAUACUUGCAUUCAACAAUGCUUUGUUUCAGUUUCAAAACUCCUCUAAAUAUAGAUUUCUUUAGCAAGAUCUGUUCAGAAAUUUGAAAUAGCAAGAACAGAGGGCUUGAAGGACUGACAUUAUGCAUUUUUGGUGUGAGUUAUUGUAAUUACUUUGCCAAAACAUGCUUGAUUAUUAAGUUAUAAAUUACAGAGAGGGUUGCACUAUGACUGCAGUUAGAUUAUAAAAUUGUACAGUAAAAAGGUACUAUUUUUAAGAUCACUUUCUAGUCCUAUGUAAUAAUUGAACAAAAUGUUUUGACUUGUUAUUUGGCAGUAAUGUCUUACAUAGCAUUAUAAUGCAACAAAAAAAAUCUUGUGUACUUGAAUGUGUUCAUAGAAAACUCAUUGCUGCAUUUUUAUAUGGCACUAUAUAAUCUAUUAUCUAAAAAUGCUCAUUAUUAUGGAAGUUUGUCAGAUCUUAUAUCAGUAUAUGAUUUUUAUGUUAUCAAAAAAGUCCUUAGGGCUUUAAAUGUUUUGUUUCUAAUUCCCAGUUUGAAGAGCAAAUUUAUUUAAUACUGAUUUCGUUUUCAUGGAAAAUAGUCAGACUUUCAUUUUGCAGGCAUGGUCUUGAUAAAGUUUUUCUCUUUUGGUUUAUAGCUUCAAUAUUGUAAAUGUGUAAACUGCAUCUUCUGCUAGGCCAAAUCUAUUGAUAAAUAAGAUAAUUAUGUUUUAUAAUUGAAGUAUUUUAUACUAAUAAUAAAACAAUAAUUUCAAA